AUGGUCAGUCCUCUGUGUAUUAGCUUGUGUGCCAUAUUUACGUGUCAUUUCUUCACUAGCAAAGCUGCGGAAUUACCAUUCGAUACACAUUAUACGCCUCUCUGGGGAGGCGAUCAUGUUUCUGUUAUCGACCAACGAACACAAGUUCAGAUUAAAAUCGAUCCAAGAUCUGGAGGUGGAUUCAGAUCAAAACAACCAUAUGGCUCCGGCUUUUUCCAAAUGAGCGUCAAAAUUCCAUCAAACGCUAAAGGAAUUGCUACUACAUUUUACUUGACUUCAACACCUGAUAAUAUUCAAAUGAGAGAAAGUAACAGCAAUCACGACGAACUCGAUUUCGAGUUUAUUCUCAACGAAAAAGGACGCUACGUAUUAAACACUAAUGUGUUUGCACAAGAUUCAGGCAACAGAGAGCAACAGUUCAAUCUCUGGUUUGAUCCUUCUUCCCAAUUUCACAAUUACCAAAUCCUAUGGAAUCAACACCAAAUUGUAUUCUACAUAGAUAGAAUACCAAUAAGGGUGUUUAAGAAUGAGAUAGCAAUUGGGGCAAGAUAUCCAAGUACACCGAUGUACGUACAUGCAAGCCUGUGGAACGGGAGUCAAUGGCUUGGACCGGUUAAUUGGAGAUCAGGACCAUUUUACGCUAAUUAUCGUGGGUUUGCAAUCAACGGCUGUGAUUACUCCAAUUCCAAUCCGAAUAAAUGCAACUCCUUACGAUAUCCUUGGAAUGCACAGAAUAACUGGCAACUCGACCCACACCAACAAAUGGUUUACCAAGCUACCAGAAAUAAGUACAUCAUAUAUGACUAUUGCAAGUCCGACAGAUCAUCAAAUUUCCCAGAAUGCCGAGUUCCUUCUUAA